GCUCGCAUCUACCACCACCACCACUCCCACCGAUUUCGAAGAACUUGGUUCGACGACCAUGGAUCCCCGAGUCGCCAGGCUCACCAAACAAUUUGACACCAUCAUACGCGGGAAGCAGCCAAUUACACGCUUCAAUGCAUCGCUAUUUCUGGAGGCCAUCUAUGCUCAACCUGAGCCUGUCGCAUGCAUCGACAAGCUCAUCUCGAGCAAAGCGGGUCUUGCAUCCAUUCAGUCCGCAGUUUUCACCGAUCUCUCCGCGGCGUUCUUGAAUUCUCACCCCACGAACCUUAUUCUCUAUAUACGGGCGCCAGCACUAAAAGAUAUUGGCGGCGGUCAGUACAUCGAACAAGUUAUCAAGAAGCUCGUCGACCCCCCUAUAUUCUGGCGAGCGUUCACACAGGCAUUUCUCGCGGGUCAGCUCCAAGAGGAUGGCCAACAGGCGUUCGGGUGGCUUAUGCUCCAGCUCGUUUCGCUAUCCGCAGCCGAGGCGGCUCCGUACCGCGAACUGGCUCAAGAAGAGAACAUUGCACAAAGACUCAUCGACUCCACCAAUGUUAACAUCCGCUCACUCGGUCACAAACUGAAGCAUAUUGUCGAUACCGUCGGUUCCCUCGCGGCCGAUACGGACUUCAGUCCGGGCGGACGACACGACAACGACCAUGUAGACUUUCGAAAUAUCAGCGUUCUGCCUACUGCAGAUGAAAUCAUGUCGAAAGAGCCUGCCUUCAUGCGCACGGCGGCCGAGGUCGACUCCACUACGUCUGACCAACGCUUCGCGACCCAUCUUGACAACCAGUUCCGACUCUACCGCGAAGACAUGUUGCACGAGCUCCGCGAAGAGCUGCAGAUCGCAUUGGGCCAACGUAAAGGCCGCCACCGUGGGCUGGUCAUCGACGGCCUCCAGCUGGUGGACAUGUACGGAGUAGCAGGCCAGGGCAAGGGACGAAACGAUAAGUGGGGCAUCGUCUUGCGCAUGGAACCCGGCAAAGACCUCUGGUUCUUCCAACGAGACAAGCCCAAAGAUCGCAAGCAGUACCUCAUUAACGACCGCAAGCUGAUCAAGGACGGCUCGAUGGCAGCGCUCAUCAUCGAUGGGACCGUCGUCGCCUUCCCCAACAUCCGUCGCGACGAAGAUCGUCUUUCUAGGAACCCACCCGAGUUCGUUCUAUUGCUCGAGAGCAAGCAUAGCGCGAUGGACACUCUCUGCAGGUUCUUCCGUACGCAGAACGUCAAGCUCAUCCAGAUCGACACCGCCGUAUUCUCUUACGAGCCCGUCCUCAAGACGCUGCAGCAAGUCACUUCAAUGCCGCUUGCACCUGAGCUUGUUCAGUGGGAGCCCGGAAAGGUUCUCGAGCCGCCUCCGAAUUCGCCAGAGGCAAUCAUUGCAGCCCUCAUUCGCGACCCGAAGCAAGAUCUUAAAGGCUUAAUUCAGUCUCCGAAGUCCAUUAUCCUCGACGACGCUCAGGCUGAAUCGCUGCUUUCGUGCCUAAAGAAGAGAGUUGCUCUUGUUCAAGGCCCUCCAGGCACCGGGAAAUCUUUCGUCGGCGCGCUCGUCGCAAAGAUCUUUCACGACUUCACUAAUCUAAAGAUCCUCGUAUGCUGCUACACCAACCACGCUCUGGACCAGUUCCUCGAGGACCUGCUCGAUAUCGGGAUCCCGCAAAGCAGCCUCGUACGCCUAGGUGGCAAAUCGACGAAACGCACCGAGCCGCUGUCUCUGUACAACCAAAGGCAGAGUGUCAGCAGAGGGCGGACGGACUGGAACCAGAUCGACGAACUCAAAGUCAACGCGGCAACCGCCCUCGACCGGCUCGAGACCGCCUUCAAGUCGUUCAUGCAGCUCAGGAUCUCACCCAAAGAGCUGAUGGAGUACCUCGAGUUUGCCGAUCCCGAGUUCUAUCACGCGUUGAAGGUCCCCGUGGCGGCCGCCGACGGGAUGCAGAAGGUCGGCCGGCGCGGCCGGAAUGUCAACGAGGCAUACCUCAUCGACCGAUGGACCCGUGGCCAGGACGCGGGUGUGCUUAGGGAUACUCCAGACGUCCGUGAGACACCAUCUGUCUGGAGGAUCCCUGUCCCAGAGCGGCGCACCCGCCUGGCAAGUUGGCAGGAUGAGAUUGUCAAGGAGCACGUUGAGCAACUCUGUGACCUCGGCACUGUCUUUAACGAGUACCAGGAGAAGCUAACACGCAAGUUCGGCGAGGGAGAUACUCUGACAUUGCUCACGAAGCGCAUCAUCGGUUGCACCACGACUGCGGCAGCAAAGUACAGUAGGGAUUUGCGCGAGGCAUUGCCGGAGAUUGUCUUGGUUGAGGAGGCGGGAGAGAUACUGGAAAGUCAUGUCCUGACCGCGUUGGGCGAGGAGACACAUAGGCUCAUCCUUAUUGGGGACCACAAGCAGCUGCGACCAAAGGUCGACAACUACGCCCUGACGGUCGAGAAGGGUGACGGCUACGAUCUCAACAGAUCACUCUUCGAGCGGCUGGUCCUGCGCGGCUACCCGCACGCAACACUCAUGAAGCAACACCGCAUGCGACCCGAGAUAUCGUCCUACGUCCGGCGGCUCACGUAUCCGGGGCUCGUUGAUGCGCCCGGGACGCAGAAUCGGCCGAACCUACGCGGCAUACCAGACAACAUUGUCUUCAUCGCGCACGACAAGCCCGAGGACGAACAUGAUCAAGUCGCGGACCGGCGCGAUGAAGGUACUAAGUCUUCGAAGCAAAACAAGUUCGAGGUCCAGAUGGUACUCAAGAUUCUGCGAUACCUUGCGCAGAAUGGCUAUGGAACAGACAAAGUCGUCAUCCUCACGCCCUACCUUGGUCAGCUCCACCGCCUGCAGGAAGCGUUGCUCAACGAGGCGAACACGGACCCAGUGCUGAACGAUCUUGAUUCAUAUGACCUAGUACGCGCUGGACUCUUAUCGGCUGGGGCAGCGAAGUUGGCCAAGAAGUUUGUUCGCCUGGCCACUAUCGAUAACUACCAGGGGGAGGAGAGCGACAUCGUUCUGGUCUCGCUGACGCGAAGCAACUCUUCGCGGGACAUUGGCUUCAUGUACGCACCCGAGCGCCUCAACGUGCUCUUGUCUCGUGCACGCAACGCCCUCAUCAUGAUCGGCAAUGCCGAGACGUUCAGCGGGGCACGUAAGGGCGGAGAACUUUGGACGGAUCUGUUUACCAUGAUGAGAGAAGACGGACAUAUUUACGACGGGCUACCUGUGCGCUGCGAACGCCACCUCAAUCAGGCAGCGGUCCUCAAACGCCCAGAAGACUUCGAUGAACAAUGUCCCGAAGGCGGGUGCCAAGAACCCUGCACUGCUUUGCUCAGCUGUGGCGUACAUAAGUGCCCAUCGAAAUGCCACCAGCUGUACGACCACUCCAAGAUGAAAUGCGAGGCUGUGUUGGACUACAUGUGUCCGAACAGUCACAAGCGCACGUACAGGUGUCAUCAGCCGCCUCCGAACACAUGCACGAAGUGUCAGAAAGACGCAGAGCUUGCAGACAAGAAGAAGCAAAAGGACUUCGAGAAGCAGCAGAAGCGGGAUGAGGAGUUGCGCGAGCACGCAAAGCGCAUUGUGAAGCUAGGCGAGGAGAUAGAGGCCGAACAGGAGGCACAGAGCGAGCAAGAGCGAGCACGAGAGCGCGCGAACGCCAUUCUUCAAAAGCAAAAGGACCUCGCAGAAGCCAAGGCACGUACGGCGAGGAGAGCUGCUGCUCAGUCUCAGGCCCCGCCGUCUGUACCAUCACCUUCCGCACCAUCUGCACCACCGCCUUCCACUCCGUCCGCACCACCGCCUUCCACUCCGUCCGCACCACCGCCUUCCACUCCGUCCGUACCACCACUUUCCACCUCGUCCACACCACUACCAUCCACUCCGCCGGUUACGUCUCUACUGGGCAAAGUCGGUCAGUAUCUCAUGGGUACUUCAACUUCGUCUACUGCAGACACUCCGGCUUCUCCGCCCUCAUCCUCUCCCACUCCUGCCAGCGAGCCCGUCUCUAGCCCAGUUCGGUCCAAGACACCGCCGCUGUCGACCGACAAUCAUACGCCGCCUCCUUUAUCACCUUCUGAGGCCGAGAAGGAGUGGCAGCGUCAGAAGGACAUCGAAGGCGCGAACAACUCCAGUAUCGACGCCAUAAUGGAAAUGACUGGCCUCGAGGAGGUCAAAGCGCAAGUGCUGCGUAUCAAGGCUAAGAUUGAUACUACCCGCCGACAGGGCACAUCGGUUAAGGACGAGCGGUUCAACGUCGUCCUGCAGGGUAACCCGGGUACCGGCAAAACAACCGUCGCGCGUCACUACGCAAAGUUCCUUGCCUCGGUCGAUAUCCUUCCAGGAGUCAAGUUCAUUGAAACGACUGGCUCUCGUUUAGCCGCUGAUGGCGUUCCCGGCAUCAAGAAGCAGAUCGAAGACAUGCUCAAAGAUGGCGGCGGCGCGAUCUUCAUCGACGAAGCGUACCAGCUCACCAGCGAGCACAACUUUAGCGGCGGACAGGUUCUCGACUUCCUACUCGCAGAGAUGGAGAACAACGUUGGCAAGAUAGUCUUCAUCCUUGCGGGCUACAACAAGCAGAUGGAGAAGUUCUUCGAGCAUAACCCAGGUCUGCAGAGCCGUGUGCCAUAUUCGCUGCAGUUCAGCGACUACAAGGACCCAGAGCUCCAACUUAUGCUCGACAAGCAUAUCACGAAGAAGUAUAUGGGUCAGAUGAAGCUCGAAGGCGGGAUGUACGGACUGUAUAUGCGCGUCGCCGUGAGGCGCCUGGGCAGGGGACGAGGGAAGGAAGGUUUCGGUAAUGCAAGAGCGCUUCAAAAUAUGUUCACGACCAUUUCCGAGCGACAAGCAACGCGUCUGACGAAGGAGCGCAAAAUGGGAAUGGACCCGGACGACUUCCUACUGACGAAAGAGGACAUCAUCGGCCCUGACCCUUCGAAGGCGGUUCUGGAGAGCGCCGCGUGGAAGAAGCUGUACAAGCUGACCGGCCUUGUCGAAGUCAAACGUUCCAUCCAGAACCUCUUCGAUCUCAUCGCAGCAAACUAUAGGCGGGAGCUGGCAGAAAAGCAGCCGAUCCAGAUGUCGCUCAACCGCGUGUUCCUCGGUAAUCCUGGAACGGGCAAGACAACGGUUGCAAAGCUGUAUGGGCAAAUUCUAGCGGAUAUCGGACUUUUGAGCAACGGCGAAGUUGUGCUCAAGAAUCCUGCCGACUUCGUCGGAAGUGUUCUUGGGGAAUCAGAACGGAACACCAAGGGGAUCCUAGCAGCCACGGUUGGCAAGGUGCUUGUUAUCGACGAGGCCUACUCGCUGUACGGGGGCGGAGGUGCAAGUGGCGGGAAGCAGGCCGACCCCUACAAGACGGCCGUUAUUGAUACCAUCGUUGCGGAGGUUCAGAGUGUCCCUGGCGAAGACAGAUGUGUUCUCAUGUGCGGAUAUGAACCACAGAUGCGAGAAAUGUUCCAGAAUGUAAACCCAGGUCUUUCGCGCCGUUUUGCUAUCGAAGAUGCAUUCCGCUUCGAAGAUUUCACGGACUCAGAACUUCUCGAAAUCCUUAACCUGAAACUGAAGGAGCAAGAUCUUAACGCGACACCUGAGGCGAAGACAGUGGCGAUCGACAUACUCAACCGGGCUCGUAACCGACCUAAUUUCGGGAAUGGCGGCGAGGUUGAGAAUAUGCUUGGGAAGGCGAAGAAUAAUUACCAGUCGCGUCAGUCCAAACUCUCUGCAUCGCAACGAUCGUCCGACGUCGUCUUCGAGCCUAUCGACUUUGACCCUAACUUCAACCGUGCGGAAAGCUCCGACACGAACUUGAAGAAGCUUUUCGAGGAUGUCGUCGGGUGCGAGAAGAUUGUGGAGAAGCUGCAAGAGUACCAGAACAUUUCACGUGUCACGAAGCUGCGCGGACAGGAUCCUCGGGAGGCGCGACAUCUUAUUCCGACCAACUUUGUUUUCAAGGGACCCCCGGGUACCGGUAAGACGACUACGGCGCGCAAGAUGGGCCAGGUGUACUACGACAUGGGCUUCCUGUCAUCCGCGGAGGUCGCUGAGUGCUCUGCCUCCGACCUUGUGGGCCAGUACGUCGGGCAGACGGGCCCAAAGACGAAACAAGUCUUUGAACGCGCACUCGGCAAGGUUCUGUUCAUCGAUGAGGCGUAUCGUCUCAGUGAAGGUCCUUUCGCGAAGGAAGCAAUGGAUGAGCUCGUCGGAAUUCUCACGCAGGAGGCCUUCAUUGGGAAGCUCAUCGUCAUCAUUGCCGGGUACGACAAGGAAAUGAAUGCACUGCUAGCUGUCAACCCCGGGCUUGCGAGUCGGUUCCCCGAGGAGGUAUACUUUGACAACAUGUCGCCAGAACACUGCCUUGAAAUCCUUAAAAAGGACCUCGCGAAGAACGAUAUCGACUGCGCAGCUCUGGAGGCGACGUACCUGGACGAGUAUAAGCGGAUGGUGUCGCUAGUGGCACAGCUCUCUGCGCUGGAUUCGUGGGGCAACGCGCGCGACAUGAAGACACUUGCUAAGCAAAUGGUACGGAUCGCCUUUAAGCAAGUUGCGAGCAUCGCCAAAGGGGAAAGACUUCCAUUGUCGGGACCCGCUGCCGUUUCCUGUAUCUCUGCUAUGCUAAAAGAACGCAUCGCGCGAGCAACGAACUUGCCGUCCAUUUCGGCGCCGAAGGGCACGCUCCCUGUACAGCACCUUGAUCCUCCCAAGGCUGACGCACCUACGGUCUCUACUGCGCGUGCGACGGACACUGCUUCUCCAGAGCCAGAGCCAAUCACGCAGCAAGAAGAUACCUCUUCCCCCUCGGACGGGCGUGAUCCCGGGGUGUCCGAUGCCGUCUGGAGGCAGCUUGAAGCGGACAAGCAGGCUGCGCUCGAGACUGCUCGCUGCCGAGAGGAAGAGUUACGCGCACUCGAGAAAGCAGCUGAGGACGCACGCCGCGCCGAAGAAGCACAGAAGGCUCUGGAGGCAGAACUUGCACGAAGAGCACGCCAGGCUGCCGCUGAUGCAGAGAUCAAACGUCAGCUGGAGGAACAGCGGCUCAAGCGCAUCGCGGCCGAGAUCGAGCGCGAGCGCAAGGCAAAGGAACUUGAGGCCCGCCGACAGAAGGAGCUGGAGGAGAAGCGGAAAGAGCAGCAAGCGCAACAGAAGCUCAGAAAGAUGGGAAUAUGCCCUGCUGGUUACCAGUGGAUUAAGCAGUCGGGAGGGUAUCGAUGCUCCGCUGGCGGUCAUUGGGUGACUGACUCGCAACUCGGGAUGUAGUGGACUUCAGCCAGAUUCCCUUCGCAGGUAUCUCAUACUUCUACCUCUAUAUGUACGAGUAUGUUACUACAUCCGGCCCAAAGAUACACAUGCGCAGAGCGGAGCUUCACAGCGAUAAUAUCGAGCAGUGCCUGUCCCAGACCCAUCAAUGUAAA